AUGGAUUUGCCUUCUGUUGUGUACACUAUCUCAUUUAUUGUUCAGACAGAGUAUACCGUAGGUUUGUAUUCUCCCGUUUUACAGAAGGAGUUUUGGAGUACCUACACAAAAGCUCAACAAGGAGAGACUAACAGAGGAAGUGAUUGGUUUCAAUUUUACCUUACCUUUCCGUUAAUCUUUGGCCUCUUCAUUAUCCUCCUUGUCAUUUUUCUAAUCUGGAGGUGCUUCCUAAGAAACAAAACUCGCAGACAGACAGUGACUGAAGGCCACAUUCCUUUUCCCCAGCACCUGAAUAUUAUCACUCCACCUCCUCCACCAGAUGAAGUGUUUGACAGCAGUGGAUUGUCUCCAGGCUUUCUGGAAUAUGUCGUUGGGCGCUCAGAUUCUGUCUCCACUCGCCUGUCUAACUGCGAUCCCCCACCAACCUAUGAGGAAGCCACUGGCCAGGUGAACCUGCAGAGGAGUGAAACAGAACCUCAUUCAGACCCACCCCCGGAAUAUGAGGACAUAGUCAACUCCAACUCGGCCAGUGCCAUUGCUAUGGUGCCUGUGGUCACCACCGUCAAAUGAAGCCGCAGACUUCUUUUUUACUCUAAUCAUUUUUAAAAUACUAAUGAAAGAACUUUCUAGCACUUUACCACUACAUAAAUGUGCAUUGACUUGUUUUAUUGGACUCUUACAGCAUACCACUUCACACUUUCUGGUUUGAUUUUCUGUAGUUUGGUUUCUUAUUAUAAAAUCAUUAUCCGUGCUCAGUUUUGCUUGAGAGAAUAUGUAAAGAGGGAGAAAUAUACUAGUGGGGAUCUUAGUGUGACGUGAUGAGGUGGACAUGUGUCUAUGGAUAUGUGUGGCUAUGCAUAUAUACAUGCGCACGAAUCGACAUAGUGCAUGUGCAACUCUCUUAAAGAUCCAUUAAUUUCUAUUUAAAUCACCCAGAAAGAGAGCACUACUUACCAGAAUUGUAAAAAAAAAAAAAGGGCACCGACGGACAAUUCGUGUACUAGCCAGCAACAUGCUAUAGAAUAUUGCGAACAGGAUGUCCUCAGCAUGUUUUCUAAUUCUGACUGGCUUCUGUUAACCUCCUAUUUCUUCAUCUAACUUAAAAGGGAACAAAAAUGCAUGUAGUCAUUCUUGAUUUUAGAAACAUCUCAGAAAGAAAGAAGCAAAGAGCAAGUGUGUGAGCACACAGUAAGUAAUAACUUGCUUACAUUGUACAGCCAGAAAGGCAUCGGUCAUGAAUGGCAUUUGCCUUGUUUUGUGCUAGGGAUUUUUUUCCUUUUCUGGUUGACCAUCCCCUCACUUUCAAACUUAAACAGUGUGUUCUUAGCAUUUGGAAUGUCGUCGGCUGUAUGUAUUAACAUCAGGAUGGGGAGGAUUGUCUGGCAAUGGAAUAAUUUUAAAGUAGAUACGUGUAUUAAUGCCAGGCAGUAGAUACCAAGUAGUCCUUUGCUCACAGGUGGCAAUAAUUAUUUUCUUCUUGCUGUUUCACCGCCUUUUACUCUACUUAGUCUACUCUGCCUCCUACCAUGACAGAAUCUUCAAGCCCCGAAGAAUUUAGUUAAAUAAAAUUUGUGAAAGCAUUUUCUUAAUAUUUUUCUAUAAGCUGAAGUCUUUGCUUCACAAUUAUUACAAGGCAAUUCUCCAUUACGUUUAUGAACUGUGAUUUUUUUUCAUAUUGCCCUUCAAUUGGUAGAAGAAGAUUGCAAAGUCUCCGUUAUGCUUCCUGCACGCUAAAUCUAGUGAUAGCCCCACAUAGAUCUCAUCAUUGUUGCCGUUUUGUUUUGUAUUUUCAUCCUGAGUUUUUUCAACCUCCGAGUUUUAUUUUUCCUUGGAAACAGAGAGAAUAGGUUGUACGUGAACUACCAGCAUAAACUGGCUGAGAAAGAAAAAAUGAGACAAUUGUGUAUUAUGUAUGCACAGGUGGCAAAUUCAUGAGACCAGACCACGGAAAUGUCUAUGCCAGUCCGAAGCCUCUUCAGCCGAGGAUAAAAUGGUUGAUGAGGCAAAAGGAACGCAGGUUUCAGCUGUGCCACAUUCCCUGCUGCCUCUGUCUCCAUCGGCCACCGACCCCUCCCCCAGUCCUGCCCUGGAACCAAAGGAAAGAGGAACUCUGGGGAAAAUCCUCAAGUGGGAGGAUACAUGCCAAGGUCCCUGGGGGAAAACCCGUAUCUGACCCCUAAACUCCUUCCCUCUAAAGUAGGGAUAAUAUCAUUUUUCCUGUACCUUACCCUGGGAUUUAAUAGAUCAAACGAGAUGGUGCGUGUGCAAGUAAUUUGUAAAAUGUGAAGAGCUGUCUAAGAACAAGGUUGUGGUGGUGGUGGUAUGCUGUAGGGAGAAUUUUCUCCCUGUAUUUCCCUAAAAUUAUCAGAGCUUUCACAUAGUGCAAAAUAGAGCAGAGCAAGCUGCUCCAUCAGUAGCUAAUAUAUUUCAAACCUGAGUGUGUGGGCUGUUAUUAACUGUUAACCCCUGCCAUACUGUGGUCCAUACCAAAGCUGUGCCAACUGAAAGUGACAGUCCACUCAGCACAAACAGUGUUAAGCAAAUGUUGAAAGGGAACAAACGUGUGUGUGUGCUUAGUUCAUAGGUUUUAUAGCUUUCACGGACUAACCGAAGAUUGAUUGUAUCUUGAAGUUGGUCUCACAAAGGACAAGUUACGAAAUUUUGCCGUGAGUACAAGUCAAUCUUUGGCUCUUAGUUAGAGGUGAAGGUGGGAGUAUUUGAUCCAGUAAGUUGUAUGGAAUUUUGUUUUAUUUUAAAAUGAAAAUUAAGGCUCCUUUCGUGUGGGCUUUUUGUCCUUAACGUUAGGCUUUAGAUUAGACCAGCAGUUUUCAAAAUGUGGCCCAUGCACCUCUGGGAUUUCUUGAGACCCUUUGAGGGAGUCUGUGAGAUGGAAAUAUUUUCAUAAUAAUAUACAUAUACUCUUUGUCUUUUCACUCUAAUUCUCUCAAAAAGGAGUUGAAAAUGUAAAAUGAUGCCAUCUUCCCACAAAUAUUUCAUUCUGUUUUUAAAAAUACAGCUAUUUUUCACAAAACUCGUUAGCAUCUGAUGAGUUUAUUACUUUUAAACGAAUUAAUAUGUUUGUAAAUUUUGUUUUAUUUUCUAAUGUGGUAAAUAUUGAUAGCUAUAAACCUCAUAAACAAAAGCUCUUUGGCAUCCAGAUCCCCAAUAAAUCUAAAAAGUAUGAAGCGAUCCGGAAGCCAAAAGUUUGAGCAUUACAGGAUUAGACGAAGGAGCAGGAUACCCUCUUACUAGGUGUUCUUGCUACUUUAUUUUCCCUUUCAAACUCCUGAUCUGGGAUUUAAUGCUGCCCUUUAGAGAUGCUCAAAUUGCAAUAUCAGAAUGCAUGUUGAUCCUUGAACCAAAACCCAAAUGCUUGACCUGAUCAGUGACAACCACAUUUUAGACUGUUGGCCCAAGAAAACACUACUUCAUAAGUAAUAGGUGCAUUAUCCAUAGAUCUCCUGCUGGCUUUCGCGUGAUAAUGACAGAAUAAAAAAAAAAAAAAACACCACCACUUUCUUCAAGAAGCAUUAUCUUGGGUGUGUUUGUUUGGUUUUAAUUUGGUUUGGGUUUUCUAUUGAUUUGUGUUUUUUUUUUUUUUCAGCUUUUGGCCGGGGCCGGAUUUGAACCCGCCACCCCCGGCAUGUGAGGCUGGCGCCCUACUCCUUUGAGCCACAGGCACCGCCCAGGGGUUUUCUAUUUUUAAGAUCCCUUUUGCUACCCCAUCUGGUUUAUAAACUGAGUUUCUCAGCAUUUGUUACAAUUAAGGGGCUUGUCUAGAAUAAUAUAUAUUUUUUAUGCUUUUGCUUUUUGUACCUGGUUGAUAUUACAUUCACCUUUGAUUGUUUUUAAUAAAGGUUUAUUUUUGCAAAACUAUAUUUAGUACCUUUCUUAAGCAGUAACUGAAUUGAAUCCACUAGUCUGCUUUCAAAUAAGAGAAUAGGCUCAAUGGUCUUUGGCAGAAUGGUUUACAAGCCUUCACCUGCAGUAGUAGUAGUUGUGUCUGGAAUACUAGAACUGGCACUUCUCCUCUUCUAACACAAUAAUUUUAUUGUGUAGUGUAAUUAAAAUGAUUUAUUCUUUUCCUAUUGAGCAGUACAAAUAGAGAUGUUGUGUUUGUUUCAUGGCUAAUGAUGACUUCAAGAUCGGUGAUCUAAUCCAGUUUAACUGCGGAGGUCGAUUUAACUUGGUUCUGUGUAAAUAGUAUGUAUUUUAUGAUACUAUUUCACAUUUUUAAAUGCUUGGUUUACAUUAAAUUAUGGUAUUUAACUAUUUUUAUGUUUAUACUAGGUAGGGUCUUUCUUAUGUUUCUGUGUUUUUUGGUAUGCUAAAUAAAGCUAUUUUUAAACCCAAAA